CGGCCUGCAAAGCCGUCAUCAGGCCCCCCCGGGCGCAGCGCAGAUUGCUUCUCCCUGGGAGACCUAACGACCGCUCUCUAAUUCCUCCUCCGCCAAUCCCAGCCCGCUGCUCCCGCAGCCCGCCAAUCUCUGCGCCAGGCGUUGCGUUUGCGGGGUUUCCCAGCCCUCCCUCUCUGCAAUUUCCACCCUCCCCCGACCGUUCGGUUUUUGGUUUUUGAAGGGGGGUCCUGUCAGUUUCGCGUUUUGAUCUGCCUGAGCCGCCAUAGCCCAGCGAAGCCGCCGGGCUGGGGCUGUGUGCGAGCGCUGAGAGGCUGCCGCGGGCUGAGCCGGUCCGAUUCCGCACAGGCUGGGGCUGCCGCGGGGGGAUGCGAGCGGGAGCCAGCCUGGAACUCCGAGAGCGGAAACAGCUGAGCGCGCAGGCGAUACGCGGGAGCCAGCCGGGGAAGGCGAUCGGGUCCGGCGGGGAGGAUCCGGAGCAGGGGGCUGCGGGCAGCGACUCUGCUCAGUUCCAGCCCCGUUACAGGCUGCGGGGACAUUCACCAGCGGAGCCGCAGAUCUUCCUCCCCCAUCCCCUCCCCGCACUUCUCCUCCCGCGUUUUUAAAAACCUCUCCGAAGUGGUGACGAACUCCGGAUUCUCGCUGCCGUUUGGGUCUCGCUCCUCCUCUCCCCGUGCACCGCUGCCGAUGCCUGCAAAGCCGUGACACCAGGGACGCUGACUUCGGAACUGGUUUUUCUUUCAGGGAAGGUUGGCUGGAUGGACAGAGCCUUGGAUAAAUCCUUCUUAAUCGCACUUCCCUGCUGCCCCCCGCCCCCUCCAGCAGACACCGCUCCUGCUGCACCAAGAUUACAGCUGGUCUGAUGCACUAGCAUCUGCAAAGGAGAAACCUGAAAACAUACUCGAGCAUCUUGGCUCAGAAGCCCACGAGUUCUGGUGAAGCAGAGUGGGGAGUCCCCAGAAAACGGAGUCAGUGAGAGACAUGUGAAGGAGCGUGAGUUGGCCCUGAGCUCGUGGGCGUCCUGGCCACAAAGUUGGGCUGAUUUACUGAAGUUUGUUUUUGAGUGGGGUGAUACUCUCCCUUCACCCAGCUAUGAUGUCAGUUGAAGGAUCUACGAUAACAAGCAGGAUAAAAAACCUGCUUCGCUCCCCAUCCAUUAAACUGAGAAGGAGCAAGCCUAGAAGCAAGCGAGAGGACAUCGGCAGUAAGGUGACCUUGGAGAAAGUGUUAGGAAUAACUGUGUCGGGAGGCAGAGGAUUAGCCUGCGACCCCAGGACCGGCCUUGUCGCAUAUCCAGCGGGGUGUGUUGUCGUACUCUUCAACCCUAGGAAAAAUAAGCAACAUCAUAUUCUAAACAGCUCCAGGAAGACGAUUACAGCUCUUGCUUUCUCCCCUGAUGGAAAGUACCUGGUUACUGGAGAGAGUGGGCACAUGCCAGCCGUUCGUGUGUGGGACGUGGCUGAACGGGCCCAGGUGGCUGAGCUCCAAGAACACAAGUAUGGCGUGGCCUGUGUGGCAUUCUCCCCCAGCUCCAAAUACAUUGUCUCCGUGGGGUACCAGCAUGACAUGAUUGUCAACGUGUGGUCAUGGAAGAAAAACAUUGUGGUGGCGGCCAACAAGGUGUCCAGCAAAGUGACAGCGGUGUCAUUUUCAGAGGACUGCAGUUACUUCGUCACAGCUGGCAACCGCCACAUCAAGUUCUGGUACCUUGAUGACAGCAAAACCUCCAAGGUGAAUGCCACAGUCCCCUUGCUAGGGCGGUCUGGUUUGCUGGGGGAGCUCAGGAACAACUUCUUCACGGAUGUGGCAUGUGGAAGGGGUAAAAAAGCAGACAGUACUUUCUGCAUCACCUCCUCUGGCCUCCUCUGUGAAUUCAAUGAAAAGAGGCUGCUCGACAAGUGGGUGGAGCUGAGGACUACUGUGGCGAACUGCAUCUCUGUGAACCAUGACUACAUCUUCUGUGGCUGCGCUGAUGGCACAGUGCGGAUUUUUAACCCUUUGAAUCUUCACUUCGUCACUACAUUACCGAAGCCGCACUUCUUGGGAAUGGACGUUGCCAGCGUCACUGAAGCCAGCCGUCUCUUCUCUGGUAUGGUGGAUGCCAAGUAUCCAGAUACAAUUGCCUUGACCUUCGACCCUACCAACCAGUGGCUAUCAUGCGUUUACAAUGACCACAGCCUGUAUGUGUGGGAUGUCAGGGAUCCGAAGAAAGUGGGCAAGGUUUAUUCUGCUUUAUACCACUCUUCCUGCGUGUGGAGUGUUGAGGUGUAUCCUGAAGUGAAGGACAACAAUCAGUCUUGCCUGCCCCCAAGUUCAUUCAUCACCUGCUCUUCUGAUAACACCAUCCGUCUGUGGAAUACAGAGAGUUCCAACAUCCAUGGCACAGCUCUGCACCGGAACAUCCUCAGCAAUGACCUGAUGAAAAUAAUCUAUGUGGAUGACAACACUCAGGCCCUGCUGGACACUGAUUACAACUCUGGCGGGAGCGCAGACAAGGCUGACAUCCAGGCCUUGGACACGAAGGUUGGGAUUCGCACACUGUGCGUGAGCCCCAGUGGAGAGCACCUGGCCUCAGGCGACAGGAUAGGCACUCUCAGGAUCCAUGAGUUGCAGUCCUUAAGGGAAAUGCUGAAGGUGGAAGCCCAUGACUCGGAGAUCCUCUGCCUGGAGUACUCCAAAUCUGACACUGGGUUGAAGCUCCUGGCAUCAGCCAGUCGGGACAGACUGAUCCACGUCUUGGAUGCUGGGAAGGAGUACAGCCUGCAGCAGACACUAGAUGAGCAUUCAUCUUCCAUCACAGCUGUGAAGUUUGCAGCCAAUGAUGGGAAGGUGCGAAUGAUCAGCUGUGGAGCAGAUAAGAGUGUCUAUUUCCGUACUGCACAGAAGAUGGGCGAUGGGGUCCGGUUUACCCGGACACACCACGUCGUUAGGAAGACCACUUUGUAUGACAUGGAUGUGGACCCCAGCUGGAAAUAUGCUGCUAUUGGCUGUCAAGACCGUAACAUCAGGAUUUUCAACAUAAGCAGUGGGAAGCAGAAGAAGCUAUACAAGGGCUCCCAAGGUGAAGAUGGCACUCUCAUUAAAGUGCAGACUGAUCCCUCGGGUCUCUACAUUGCAACUAGCUGUUCUGACAAGAACCUCUCCAUCUUUGAUUUCUACUCCGGCGAGUGUGUGGCCACAAUGUAUGGGCACUCAGAGAUUGUAACUGGGAUGAAGUUCAGUAACGAUUGCAAACACCUGAUCUCUGUCUCUGGCGACAGCUGUAUCUUCAUUUGGCGCCUGAGUUCUGAGAUGACCAUCAGCAUGCGGCAGCGGUUAGCUGACAUGAAGCAAAGAGGGAAGCAGGUGGAGAAAUCACCACCACACAAGACAGCUGGACUUAUCAGGCACGAAUCCACCUCUGUCCUAUCGCCGGUGCCAGUGCUUUCAUCAGACAGCGACAAAGAUGGUGAAGAUGAAGGGAAUGAUGAAGAUGAGUUAAAUGGGCUACAGUCUUUCCAAAUUCAAUCCAACUGCAACCCUGAGAGAGACUCAGAUCCAGACCUUUCCCUCUCAAGAAGCCUCUCCCACUGGGAAAUGAGGAGGGCGAAAGAGAUUGCAGAGAUCCAACAUUCAGAGACUGCAAUGAACAAGAUGCCCCGUCAGCGGGGCCGUUGGUCCCAGCCAACCAGCAACAUAGAGAUGACAGUUAAAUCCAUGCUGGACUUGCGCCAGCUGGAGUCUUUCUCAGUCUCUCGAUCCCCCAGUCGGGACUCGCUGUCCCAGACCAGCAAUGGGGAUGACAGAGAAGAGCAUGCUGAUCUCUCUCUGCAUGUCAACAAGGCUGGAGACUCCAUAGCUCCUCAGGACAGCCGGCCUUGUGUCCGACCCCAAACGAUUCGGCUUGUGUCCUGUGAAGAGGGGGUUUUCACUCAGGAACUGGAGCCCUUUGAGAGUGAGGAAUGUGUAAUCUACCCUGAACAAGAUGAGAUCCAUCCCACCGACAGUAGCAGUGAGUUCCAGGUAAAAGCGCUGCCCCACGGGAAGCUAGUUAGAGGUUACCACAGCAACGGAUGCCCUGAUAAGCACAGUCCUGACAGUGCUUGCUCUGUAGAUUACAGUAGCAGUCGCCUCUCCAGCCCAGAUCAUCCAAAUGAAGAUUCUGAGAGCACAGAGCCCCUCAGUGUGGAUGGCGUCUCAGACUUGGAGGAACAGGUGGAUGGGGAGGACGAGGAGGAUGCAGGCACUAGCAUGCUGGAGGGAGAGGUCCCCAAAACUCCAGAUCAGGAGAAGUUCCUCAAGCAGCAUUUCGAGACUUUGGUCAAUGGUGGUGAAAAAGGUGGAUCAUGUAGGACCCUGGAGAGAACUGAAAAUAUCAGCAUUUCUUCUCGCUUUCUCUCCCAGUCCCCAGCUCUCAGGCGUUUGUCACACUCCUCAUCAAAUCUGAUCCUGGAUCAAAAGCCUAUUGAGGCUGCAGUCAAGUCAAAGCAGGUUUCUGUCGACCUGCUGAAAAAUGGGAACAGCCAUCAUAAUGCUGACUUGGAGAAUGCCAGCCUUCUGGAUGGUGUAAAUUCCUACCGGUCCAUUUACACCCAAAGAAAACGGAAGUCAGCAGUGGAGACCAAUAGGCUUGCUGUGGGACCUGGAAGAGUUCUCGCAGAGGGUACUGGGAAUGCGGGGAUGAGGAAGUCCCAGUCAGUUCAUGACCUCAUUCACAGUGAUAAGAGUCCAGGAGUGAUAUCCUCUAACAAGCAACAUCCUCAGACACUAGUAGUGGUUGAGAAGGAUCCAAAACCUAAUCAUUGCAGGCCAUUGUCUGCAAGCCUGCUGAAGAUGGAUGGGUCCAGCACCCUGCUGGUCAAAGACAGUAAGGUUGUAAAAUCAAAGUCCUACAUGAAUCCCACAACCAGCUUCAUGGCCAAGGUGUCACGCAGCAUCUCUGUGGGGGAAAAUCUAUGCCUUGGUGACUCUGUCGAAACACUGACUGAGGAGAGGACCAGCCCACAGGGGCCUGAGAAGAUACAGAUAACUCCCUCAUCAGAGACUGAGAAGAAUAAGCCACCUACAAAAGAAAAUAUCCCAGGGAAGCCAGCCCUUCAGCAAGUUGUAAGCUGCUCAUCACCCAAGUCCUUUCACAACAAGUUGGCAUCAUCAAACCGCGCACACUUGAUUCUUGACAUCCCCAAACCAUUGCCUGACAGACCCACCUUGGCUUCUUUCUCACCCACUGCCAAAUCCAAAACCCUACUCGAACCAGAGUCUCCUCAGUCACCUGCUGGGGUCUGUAAAAAGAAAUCUUCUGUUCUUGAGGGACGGGCCUUCAAGAGGGAGAGCCCAACUGCUGUGUCUGUUGGACCUGCUAAAGAGAGCCCAGUGGAGAAUCCAGCACUGAGGAUAGAUCGCCAGGAUGCACCAGAGCUCACUAAUCCAAAACUGAAAGAGUUUUCAGAAGGCUUGCACCCAAGGUCUCCUGAAAGCAAACUGCCCAGAUACAGAGAGAGGUUCUCCAGCAUUGGCUGUGUGCUAGACAACCCACUUGGACUUUGCCCACUAGACCCCAUCAUGCCAAGGUCUCCCACAACAGUGGCUACCUCGGCACAGAACUCAGGUGUGCAUGGAUACCCAUCUCUAAUCUUCUUCCCCCUUCUGUCUCCUGUCUUUGUGAACCGCUUCACGAUUCCAUCACAUUUCUUUACGUCCAGCUUCUGGCCUGUCUCGUCUUGUCUGCAUCUGUCUCGUUCCAUAAGUCACCCCCUCAAUGAACGUCGCAUCAGCAUUGAGCAGUGUGAACAUGUUGUAUCUGAGCUCCAGGACAGCAUGCGCAAGGCCAUUCACCUUUACCGCAUGGUAUCCAUGGACAUGGAGUCUUCUACUGACAAAGAUAAGAUUGCUGGCCUCCUCACGGAAACGUUCUCCGUGAUGAAGAAAGAACUGGACUCCCUGAAGGAAGGAGAUGAGCUCCAAAGGGCCAAGAAGGUGCUGGUGAAGCCACACGAUGCCAUUAGGUCGCUGAAUGAGGGAAGUGGUGCUGCCCUGUCCAGUGCUAGGCGUUUUGGGGAUGAGCAGACUCUGGCUUUGCUGGAACAGUACUCGGAGCUGUUACUACAAGCUGUGGAACGGCGCAUGGACAAAAAACUCUGAAGGAGUGGUGGUCAGAAAAAACACUUUUUGAGUAAAACUGAUAGCUCCAUAGAAAUAAUCCCAGGAGGACCACCACAGUGGAAGCCUCAGACAAGUGCUGUCGCCACCCUGAUCUAUGGAGGGAGAGACCUUUUUAAACUGAUCUUCUCAGCCCCAUAGAACAGGCGUCUCCUAGUUUUUAGCAAUGUGCUGGCCACAGUUUUAAUAACUUUCCCCAAUACUCUUCAGCUUCCAGUUUGUGAACGCAGCCUGGAAAGAGGAGUUUAGAGAAGUUGUUUGGAAAUCUGUCCAUAGCUAGAUGUUUGGCAUCUCCCGUAAGAACAAAAAAUAAAUUCAGUUUGCCCAAGAAGCUCUGAACUGCUGACUAACAAAAGGGGCCUGGAUGAAGCCAAUCACUCCCUCCCAGGGCUUCAUCAGAAUCCAAAGGCAGACUUUUAAACAUUCUAUUUAUUAAUUUAUUUUUCUGACAUUGGCGCUAACCUUUUCAUGAGUAUUUGGUGGCCAUUUCCUUCCCUUUUCAAACAAACAAUUUUAUUUUCUCCUUUGCCAUAUCCCAGCGAGACACAAUCUCUAUAUUAUAGUAAUCCCUAACAGCAGAGGCAGGCUGGAGUGUCUGUGCAAUUACCAAAUUGGUUUUCUCUGCUGCAACCUCUCUUGCUGAUCUUCCUUUCCCCAUCCCUGGCUUGUUUCCUGCAGUAAUCCUGCUGUUGUGAUGACGAUCCUGUUGGCUUUUCCUUUUGUUUCAAAGACCGUCUGGGAUAUAAUUUACCUCCACUCUCCUCUGAGGGGGGAGGAUUUGCUACCCCUUGGAUCAAGUUGUGGGGAUUAUGUAACAAGAACAUUGUGGCUUUUUAAAUGAGAUUUGGCAUUUUAUCUGUGCUCAAAUACUUGAGAUUGGGUUUUCAUCAAACAUUAAAAAGAAAAAGGUUGAAAUAAUGUAGGAAAAUGAAAAGACAGCUACAAAAUUCCUUUUAGCCAUGUUCUGAGAGUGGGAUUGGAUACUGAUCUCUUGAUGCUAAUGAGACUGUGGUGAAGGGGGUGAGUUGGAGGUGAAUGAUUUUACUGGGAGAAGUUAAGUGGGAAGCAAGGCCUCCAUCUCUGAGUGAAGCCCUCAAUCAGAGUGAUCACCCAUGCAACUGCUGCUCCCUCCCAGUUUGAUGCUUUCAUUGUUCUGGUAGGAAAGACCAUCAAUAGGUUUCACUCUCUCUACAAGGAAAACAGAAUAUUCUUAACCUUCCAGGGGAGCAGAGAAUAAUUUACAUUUUCUAACAGACUACAGAAAAUGAUCUCCGGGGAGUGCUGAGCAGCCAGUAUCAGAUAUUGUGGGAUGUAACUAUCCCCAUCCUUUCCCUAUCCCUUCAUGCGUCUCUUGAUGGAGAAAUAGAAAACCUUGCCCCUGUGAGAUUGCGUGUGCAAUAGGCGCCUUGCCUUAUCAGACUUCUCAAAGCUGGCAAUAAUGUAUUUAUUGUCAUGGAUUACAAGUAUCCAGUGUUGCUAUUGGUCAGUAUCAGUAAGCUAGUAAAAUAGGAUGUGGUGUAGGGGAAUCCAUAUCAAAGCAGGUGGCUACCCAGGGAGAUUAUUCCAUUUUCUUUCUCUGCCUUCAAUCUUCCUCUUAAAAAAACAUAGAGCAGAACAGGCCCAGGGUGUGAAACUCUAGUAUCUAGCCUAGCCCUGGAUAUAAAUGUUGGCUGGCAUCAGCAAAAGUCCUUUAAAACUGGCCAGCCUCCAAAGAUGUGUUCCGUGGUCAUGGACUUGAAGCCGAUUUUUCUGUAGUUGCUUUGGGGCAAGCUGGCCAUCAUUCUGGUCUUGUCGUUCUCUGGAAUGGAGCUGGCUUUUCUUCACUGCAUUUGGGAACUAGGGACCUGCAGUGCUGCCUUUUCUCUACAUGACUGCCUGGUCUGGGUCCAGCUGGCCCAUCUGUUUGCUGCACUCCGGGGCUGGGGGACCUGUGGUGCAGCCUUUUCUCUACAUGACUGGCUGGUCUGGGGCCAGCUGGCCCAUCUGUUUGUUGAACUCCAGGGCUGGGGACUUGCAGUGCAGCCAUUUCUCAGCUUGCUGGCUGGCCAUCAGUUCAUUGAGCUACAGGAUUGGCGACUUGAACUGCAGGAAAUCCUUUCAGAGCCUUUCAGCUGGUUCCUCCUGUCAUCUGACUCUAUCUGUCCAAAUGUUUCAGGUGUCCUCUCUGACCUCUAGUUCAAUAGCGUUGUACUGUACUUCAAGGUUUAAACCUCAGAUUGCUGUGCUUCUAGUCCCCUCCCACCAUUGUGUUGUGCUGAAUUGUAUGGUGAGCCUGAUUUUGUGGGCAGUGUCUAUGGCAAAUGGAAAGGAGCUGUUUGCAUAGGAAUGAAGUGAAGAAAUCUCUGGGAACUUCCUUAGGUGGAGGGGGCAGGGAUGCUCACAAAUGGAAUGUGAGAUGGAAAUCCUGUUGGUUCUCUGAUGGGGAUAGUCUGGGUCAGGCUGACUGUGUGGGUCAAUCAGCUAUUCUCCCUUCACUUUCAGACUGUGAAAAUGUAUGUGCCAGUCCACAGGAGGUUUCUUGCUGGUAUUGGGGCACAGACACUCAGGUAAAAUAGCAGUACCUUCAACACAGGCAUCUUCUGGUACUGGCAAUAGUGGUUUGAGGAUUCUUUAUAUGCCUUCCCUUGUAGAAUUGAUUCCAUUUUAUUAUUAUUUGUAUUUAAAGUAUGAGGUGGUGACACCGGAUUGGAAAGAAUGCUGCAGAGCAGAUGGUUGGAAUGAAUAGAAUAUGCCCCAAAGCCAUUCCUGUUAGAUACAGUAAUCCAAUCCAUGGCGUACCUCGGACUGUCGUAGGUGAAAAGCAGCAGCUAUCAGGAUUCAUAGUAGUGUCAGAUAGGGCUCCCUCAGAGAAAUUCACAGAGAGUGAGUCUUAAAAAAAAAAAAAAAAAAAAAAAAAAAGAUGAAUAGGAUUUUUGUACGUGCUGGAUGUGGACUUUGCUUGGGUCCUGGGUGUAGGUGGGAAAAUAGCAAACGGGGCAAGUGUCUAGUUAGAAUUGUGGUAGGGGCAAGCUCAAGCAAGUAGAUCGGGGGCAGGAGGGGGAGGAAUCUGUGGGGUGUUUAGCUUUAAAAUAAUUAGAAAGCAGAGUCAGGGCUUCCAGGAGAAUAGUGUUAGGAAUAGAAAUAGGCUUGGCUUCAAGAACAUAGGCUGGCCAAUAAAGGCCUUGACGGGGUAUGAAAGAUGUAGUGCAAGCAGAGGCAGGGCUUCAGGGAAGUAGAACCAGGACUGAGUUUAGAGGUGUGAAUUAAAGAAUAGGUGGGGUAGUUGUUUUGUUUAAUGCCUUUUUAUUGAGCCCCUUUUUUUUCCCACCUGCUCCCAUGUAAACAGCUGUUUCUUAGAAGGUGUGGGAAGGCUAAGGUAUGUAACCUCAACCAUUUACUUAAGAUUUAGCAUUAAGAGGAGUCGUGAAGCUAAAGACCUAUAAAUCAAAGUGAUAUCCCAAGGGGUGAAGGGAGAAAGUGUUGCAGAGAGAAAACUUGAUUCAGUAUAUAUAUAGAUAUAUAUGGCAAUUCCCUCAUGAUUUCCUACUGCCAGCAGUGGGAAAUCAUGAGGGAAGUGCGCUGAAAAAUUCCAGUUUUGAGAACAAAAGGAGCAUAAAGUCCUCAACGAGAUAGCGCAGUUGGUAGCUGCAGGCCGCACUGCUUACAUUUGACUUGCAUGUACAUCAUCGGUGAUUCCAUAGUCUGGCAGGAGAAAUCCUGAACAAUGAUUGGUGGCUGGCAAGUGAAGAAGAUUGUGUGAGGAGGCAAUUUUGGAGCCAGGACCCCUUAUAGAUUUGUGUGCGUGCAGAUGUAACAUAUUAAAGGAAAUUAUUGUUUAGCAAAAACUUUUAAAGAAUUUGAGCCUACCACUCUGUCCUCUUUGCAUAAACACCAUCCCUCCUAUCAGGAUGUUUCUGGUUGAAAUGACAAUAGUUUUUUCUUCUCAUCUAGAUGUAGCUUGUGUUACUUUUCCUGAGGGAGCUCUUAGGACAAUGCACAAAGACCUGUGAACAGGGUAGUGCCGUGGAAAGUACUUGAAUCUGACAAGACAGCAAACCCUUUGUGUUUUUGUUCCCUUUAAAGCCAACUCACGUUUUUGGCCGAACAUCGAGACGCACAGCUGGUGCUCUUACAUGAGCCUGCAUUUCUCUCACUUUCUCUCUCAGGUAGUCUCCUUUCUGAGGAAUAUCCCAAGUAAAGGUUGGGGCAGGUCUUUUAGCACUCUCCUCACUCUGCUGAUCUCAUCAAAUCUCUGAGGAAGCAGUAUAUUUCUCCAAAGGAGUUGAAACAGUAUGAACUUUAAAAUUUAAAGUACAUUUUAAAAAUCAAAAACAGAAGAGGAGGUAUUUAAACACUGUUGGUAUACUCCUGCAUUUGUAAGUUUUUUCCACUUGGGGUGCAGUGUCCCAGAAAUUAAAUGAAAAAAACCUCAUUUAGAAGAAAAAAACAAAAACACAAGACUUCUUGCAGCCCUGGAGUGCUGUUGAGCAAUUGUAGAUAAGACUAGGAUGUCCAGAAUUCCAGAUUGCUUGUUGUAAAUAAUAUACCGGAUUGGACUGCAUAUUCGUGUGGGUAACCUGCGGUAAAGCAUGGACAAAGAUGCAUGGGGCAGCAAUUUUAGGAACAAGCCAUGUCCACUCCGCAUGUCUUAGUUAUGUCAUAGGCACCAGACAAAGAACUCUUUACCCCUGUUUUUCAACACUCCUUUUUUCCUCCACCGUUUUAAAAACACAAAAACAAAACCUUUAUUUAUGAAUGUGUGUUUUUUUUAUACUUUGGCUUUAGGUAAAAACAAAUUAAAUCGUUAAAAUGUCUUUGUUUUUUUUAAUUAUUUGGAAAAAAACUGUUUUAUGUUUGUGGGAUUUUUGCACUGUGAGGCACCUGUCUGGGGGCUGUUUUUAACUCUGUAUUCAUUUGUACUCUGUGUCUUAAACAAUUUCAAUAAAAAUGUGAUAAUUUGUUACAAA